AUGCCGGCGGCGCUAUGGAUGAGUUGCCCUACUUAUACAAUGAACCUAGUCGAGAGACCCACAACUUUCACCAGAGAGCAGGAGUUAUACCCAGGAUGUUCAAAGUUCUCUAAGUUGUCUUUCUUGGUGAGGCUCUAUCACAUAAAGUCUAUGUGCGGAGUGAGCGAUAAGGCCUUUGGAAUGAUUUUGGAGUUGCUCGCGGACGCCUUUGAGCAUGCCUGGAUCCCAUCCAUUGUGCACGAUGCCAAGAAAGUCAUAAGAAAACUAGGUCUCGCGUACAAGAAUAUAGAUGCAUGUCCAAAUAACUGCAUGCUAUACCAAGGCAACGACCAAGAGUUGACCAAAUGCAAGCAGUGUGGGACAUCGAGAUGGAAGCAUAAGACUAAGAAGAACUCUAGGGUGAGGAUCAAGAUGGUUGUUAAGAAGAAUGGCAAACCACAGGUGGCGAAGAUUCUUUGUUACUUCCCCCUUAUUCCACGAUUGCAGAGGUUAUAUAUGUCUAGUAAGACAGCCGUUGACAUGCUAUGGCAUAAGAGAGGUCCUAACUCUGAUGGUAUGUAUAGGCAUCCAAGGGACGCCGAGGUAUGGAAGUCAUUUGACAUACGAUAUCCCGACUUCUCUCGUGAUCCACACAGUGUUCGCCUAGCAUUAGCUAGCGAUGGCUUUAACCCUUUUGGGAACAUGAGCUCGAAGUACUCAAUUUGGCUCGUGGUUCUUAUCCCGUAUAACAUGCCGCCCUGGAUUUGCAUGAAACCCACUUCGUUUAUCCUCUCUAUGAUUAUUGCUGGUCCUAAAAUGCCUGGAAAUGACAUAGAUGUGUACCUAGAGCCGUUGAUCACUGAGUUGAAGCAAUUAUGGAGGGGUGUUGAAACUUAUGAUGCAGUUGAGAAAAAAACCUUCAAGAUGUAUGCUGCGUUGAUGUGGACAAUCAGUGAUUUUCCAGGCCUAGGCAACUUAUCUGGGUGGAACACGUACGGUGGGAGAGCCUGUCCUGCGUGUAAUUUGGAUGCUAAAACUAACCGGCUCACACACAUCCAGAAAUGGUGUUUCAUGGGUUAUCGUCGCUUUCUGAAUCAUGACCACAAAUACAGAAAAGACCGGUUCUCCUUUGAUGGAAAGAUAGAGGAUAGAGGUCCACCUAUCAAAGUCUCUGGUGGAGACAUUGUCCAGCAGUUAGAGGGUAUGCAUGUCCAACUUGGCAAGGUGUAA